UAUAACAUAUCAUACUACACCAUAUCAUGAUACAUUAUGACACAUGGCAAACCACCCUCCAAACAGGUCUCCCAUCUCCCGGGCCAAAGAAAAAGAGUGGAAAGCUAAAGGAAAGUGUUCCCCAAAUAGCAGCACAGGUAAGAGAAAUCCCCUUUGAAAACCAACCCAGCUCUGAAAUUCAAGUAAAGGGAGAAUAUGAGUGGGGUAUUCACUAUCUCCUCACUGAAUUCUCCUCGUAUUGCUCCAUUGAAACCUCGGUUCCAACGUUGUUGUACCAUUCCCACAUGGAAUUCCUGUGCUCCAAGUACCACCAACAGAUGUAUUCCACCACUCAAUUUCACUUGUAAUUUCAGUUCCGUCCCUCCUCCUGGUGAAAAUGAGAGUAAGAAUAUCCUUGAUGCGUUCUUCUUAGGUAAAGCUCUGGCUGAAGCAGUUACUGAGCGCAUAGAGUCUACAGUAGGAGAGUUCCUAAGUACAGUUGGCAGAUUGCAAGCAGAGCAACAAAAGCAAGUUCAGGACUUUCAGGAGGAGGUUCUUGAAAGAGCCAAACAAGCCAAAGAGAAAGCAGCACGUGAAACAAUGGAAACACAAGGACUUAUUUCCAACUCGUAUGCAGCAAAUACAUCAACAGCAACUGCAGCCUCAGCUUCCAGUAGUGUAGCUAGUCCAAGGACGAACAUAAAUUCCCAGCCUGCUAACAUUGAUUCAGAAAAUGGAAGCAAGGACUCUGAGCUAGGGGUAUCAAAUGGAGACUGAUAUUCCUGUAGGCUGUAGUUGUAUGUUUAUUUAUCCUUGUGAUGAGAUCUUAUUAUACCUAGUUUAGAUUUUUUCGAUGGAAAAGUCUGAUACUUGUGGAAAAGGAAAUAGAAUUACCAUGUGCGAUUGUCAUUUUGCCAUAAAUAUUGUACCUUUUCAUUUUGGAUUGUUGAUAAAGCUUCAUAGCUUCUAGUGCAAUGUUGUGAAAAGUGUAUCUUGAAGUCA